UUUAAUAUAUUCCACCCCCUAGCUGUAGUUUCCGCAACUCUGUUCCCAACUCUAGUUUUUGGCAUCUCUGCGUUGCUCCGUGACUGGGUUCUUUCGUCGACCUCUGUUGUGCUCGGAAUGGCUCGUGCAAUGAAUAAAAGAGCUAAAUUAAGAUCACGUCCCGCCCUCAUUAGUACGGACACAGAAAUCGAAAAUAUGUCGCGUGUUCUCGAAACGGAAGCACCUUCGUCAAACGGGGAAGGUAGCGGAUCGACUCCCCCACUUCGUCCUGAACUCACGGAAGAAGGUGCUGGACAUGAAACUGGUCAAGGAGGCACUUCCAAGGGUCAUGUAGGCAGUAGAGGCAUAUAUAAAGGAAUCGACUUGGAUAAGAAAACAAAAUCCAAGAAGGAGAAAUUGCCCAUAUAUUUAAAUUACUAACAUUCUCGUUCAAAUUCGUUCUACAGGCUAGACGCGCAGAAAAGAAACGAAAGAAUGGUUAUUCUUUCAAACUAUGAAUGUUGGUUUUUCUAGUGUUGGAUGAGAU